AUGCAGUCUUUUAGAAAUGCUACUAUUCAAUAAGAAAGGCCAAGGGGAGGAAGUGUAAAUGCUAAAUCUUUUCUGAAGAAUGCACAAAAUAAUAAUAAGGGAGAAUAAUAGUCAUUUUUGCUAUAAGCAAAUAAUUCAAAAAAGACAUUUGAAUCUUAAAUGCCCAGCAAAAAUUAAUCCUCCUAACAUGAUCUUCAUCUAAGUUAUUUGAAUAAUUUAUAAAGCACUGAAAAAUUAAUAAAAAAUCAGAAAUUUUCUACAUUAACAUAAAAAUUCUCAACUCAAAAUUUGAAAUAUUUGAGUCCAUCUAAUGGAAAUACGUCAAAAAUAGAUAUGCCAUCUGAUAAUAAAUAAUUAUUGAUCCAAACAGCAAGAGUAAAUUCCUUAUUGUAAGAAAUAUCUGACAUUAAACUANUAAUUCAUAACUACCUUAGUGAUUAAACCACUAUUACUUUAAGUUAUUAAACAAAAUCUAAGAUGCAUAAAGUAACACAUUGA